CGACUGCCAGUCAUGUGAAUUCGAGAGGCCAUGGACGUGGAAAUGAGGGUUGUGAGAAAGAUGUAUCCACUUGAGAAGAAGAAACAAUGAAUCUAAACAGUAUUCAUCAUAAGCCAAAUCCCUCUGUGGAUUUUUCCAGCUGGACUGGAAAACCUCCAGCUAGGACCAUGGAUUCCACUGAAAUUUGCCUUUCCUCCUGGAACUCGACUCUUAGAGAAACCUAUUUUAGUGAAGAUGCAUCACUCAGUAUGAAGAGCCUUCCCACCUUUGAGUCCUCUCACAAUCAAGCUAAUACAAUGUGUAAGGACUACACCAGCAGUAACCAAAAUGAGAAACAAGGAGAUGUAGAAGGCAUUGAUGGUACUGAGGUGCAAAUGCAGGUGGAUUUUUUCCGCAAACUUGGCUAUUCCCCUAAUGAAGUCCGCGCAGUGCUUUAUAAACUUGGGUUGAAUGCAGACACUAACACCGUGUUGGGAGAACUGGUGAGAUAUGGGGCAACAACUUCUGAAAAAGAAGGAAGCCCUUCAAAAUUAUCAGGCCCUGUACUGGUUGGUAGAGGAGGUGGUUCAACCAGGAAUUCUUCCAGCCAUCCAUCCACACCACCACCUCAAGAAGAAGAACAAGAAGUUACAGAGAAUUUCAGACCUAUCGUUAUUGAUGGGAGUAAUGUUGCCAUGAGUCAUGGUAAUAAGGAAGUGUUUUCUUGUCACGGUAUCCAGUUGGCUGUGAACUAUUUUAUUGAAAGAGGUCAUACAGACAUCACAGUUUUUGUACCUUCGUGGAGAAAAGAGCAGCCUAGACCAGAUGUCCCUAUCACAGACCAGCACAUUCUGAGAGAGCUUGAAAAGAAGAAGAUUCUAGUGUUUACCCCAUCCAGGCGAGUGGCAGGCAAGAGAGUUGUCUGCUAUGAUGACCGCUUCAUUGUCAAGCUGGCCCAUGAAUCGGAUGGAAUCAUUGUGUCAAAUGAUACUUACCGAGAUUUACAGAAUGAACGGCCAGAAUGGAAAAAGUUUAUUGAGGAACGCCUACUCAUGUAUUCUUUUGUCAAUGACAAGUUCAUGCCUCCAGAUGACCCCCUUGGAAGACAUGGUCCAAACCUGGAUAAUUUUCUCAAAAAAAAGCCACUAGUUCCAGAGCAAAAAAAGCAACACUGUCCUUAUGGUAAAAAAUGCACAUAUGGAAUGAAGUGUAAAUUCUAUCACCCUGAGAGAAUUAACCAGCCUCAGCGAUCCGUAGCAGAUGAGCUUCGUGCCAAUGCCAAGCUAGCAACAAACAAGCCAGUCGGCCAUUUGAAGGAUGAGAAAAAGCCAGUCUUGCCAAAAAAAUCCACACACUGUGACAUCACAUCUCUUGAACAGGACAUGGAACAGAUCCUCACUCUGGAUCACCAUCAUUCUUUUCAAAAGGGACAAACAACUGAAAAUUCACUUGUGAUAAAGUGUGCCAGUUCCAGCAAAAAACCUACAAAAAACAUUGUCUUUAAUGUAUCUGAUUUUUGUGAUUGUCACUCCCCGACCAACAUGAAUUCUUUACUUUUUCAGUCACAUGAACCGUUAGAUUCAGGCCUGGGGUCCUUUGAUAGCCAUUAUUCUGAAUAUCUGUCUAAGCAUCCCUCGGGUUAUUGUGAACAUGUUCAACCUGAACACGGCACAUCAGGAAGAUACUGCUCUUGUCCCAACUGUAGGAGUGUCUACUCUCAUAGCCUAGAGCAACUAGACAGCUAUCAGCAGUAUAGCUGUUGUUCUCACCAACCAGUAUCUGAAUGUGGUGGUUUUCAACAUUAUAAUCAAGAUGCUCACUGCGCUAGAUCAAGCCAACAAUCCAAUAUAGUCCACCAUAGUGGGCACUGCUAUUCUGGCCAUAAAGGUCCUGUACGCCAAGAUAUGCGUGGUCACUAUAGCCUUCCAGCUGACCACAACCUAGGUGGUUUGCCACAACAAAGAGAAUACUGGUCUGAUUCUUUUAAGGCAUCUCCUCAAAGUCGAUCAAGUAGAGUACAUCACCACAGGUCUCCCUCACAUACAUCAAAUGUAUCAUUCUCUAACGAUCAUAAUCCAUGGCCCCAGCAGGAGACUCAUGCCAAAGAACGAGAAGAUGUCCGUAAGAAGCUGCUUGCCAUUUUCCAUCCCCAACAGGUUGAUGAGGCCAUGAGCAGAUUUCCACAUCUUCUUGAUCCCCAGAGUCUUGCUGCUAAAAUACUUACUCUAAGGUCAUGGGGAGGAAACAUAUAAACAUGCGUGCACUUUAACUCCUAAACUAAUAUGUACUUAUAGCUGUCUAAAUUUGUAAGCUUUCUAUAGUGCUAGCAUGAGGAAAUUAUAUUAAAGAUUGAUCUUUUCAUAUUAUAUAACAUUAAAAAGUAGUUAUUCUACAUAUGUUAUGGAAUAAACCUCUGUUUGUGCUUAUGGGUUCCAUGAAGGAACAAGAUUUGAUUUAGCCUGAUACUUUCUGGAUUUGAGUGAUGGCAGGGUGUCUUACGACUUCUGUAUUACAAACUUAAAAUUGCUUCCUGGCAAAGGUAUGCCCAAAUUAUCAUUUUUGUGGAAAACCAGGAACAGUUGUCUUGUUGAUACAUAUUGUAUCAUUUUAUGAUUUGUAAGUAAUGAUAACAUAAGGUUUAUAUUGCAAUACACUGCAAAACCAGCAUUAAAAUGUAUUUUGUUUCUUUGCACAAUAUAAAUGAAAAGGUUUCUCAUAAAUUCCGUGGUCUGUUUUCCCUUGUCCCUCUCUCUAGUCUUCCUUGUGUACUUGAUCAUGGGAGCUUGCUGUUUACAGCACCAUAGUGCUGCAUUUUACACUAUCGAAUGGUAAUUUUAAUGUCCGGUAUACUUACUUUUUGAAGCCCACUGUCUUUAAUGCAGUCUUUUAGACAAGUUAGGGUAUUAACUAUCUGUAUAAUUUGAGUACCUUAAAGUAAUGAAUGAAAUGCUAAGAAACUAAAGUUUGAAUAGUGUGAAUCACUAGUAUUCUGUGUUUUUGAGUUUGUGAAAGGGCAACCUGUUAAAUAGUCAAAAAUUACUUUCCACGAACAAAUACAGAAUGAGUGCACCUAAGAUGUGAAUUGCAUUAAAACAUUACAAAACUGCACUUUUUAUUAUACAGUAUGAGAAUCUUUUUUUAUUAUUAUAAAUUAGGAAAGCUUUAGAAAGAAAAUUAUUGUGUUGAUUUAACAAGGAAGACUCGAAUUGGAGGGAGCAAAUGUAAAACAGAGCCAUGGUAAGUCAAUCAGUGUGACCCAUUUUCCUUUUCACGCAGUGUCAAGGAUGUGGCUCGUUUUAUCACAUUAUUUAUGGAUGUGCUUUUAAAGUGAACUACAGAAUGUUGGCACCGUGUGCCUCAGAAAUUACUUAAAGGUAACCUAAUAAGCACUUGUUAAGAAGAAGUGUUUAAGUAAUGGUUUUAAAAGAGUAAGCAAACUGCUUUAAAGAAAGAAAAAAGCUUUUGGAUAACUUUAAAAUGUUUGAACAGUUUGGAGGAAAAAUAUUUGCUGUUUUGGAGCCCUUUAAGUGUACGUUUUGCCAUGAUGCCCGGCAAGAUACUGAAAAUCCAGUUCUGCUCUCAGGUAUUUUCAUAGCAAUAUAUAUAUAUUUUUUUGUCAACAUGUUGCCUUUUAAUAGCUGUUUAAAAAUAAGUUGUUUCUGGAACACGCCGUAAGUGUAAUGUAAAUAUGUUCCUCAUUUGGAAUGUCACAAUUCAUAAUUUAUGGAACAAUAAAUUAGUUUUGUUGUGGAGGUUGUUUAUUUGUUACAUAUUUAUCAAUAAACUACUUUUAGUGAUAUUUA